UUCUCUUCAAGCUUGUGAUGGUUGUGAUUUUCUGUUGAACUCUAAAACAUCUAGUCUUGUGACAACAUUUGACAAACACCAAACCAUCGAAACAAGUUUCUUUACGAGUCACUGUGAGCUUUCCAUCUGUGAUCAUUAAACUCUCAGGACGAUCCCAUCAUGUCUGCUGGAGCUUGUCCCCUGAGUGGGGCUCAGAUCGCUUUGUGUAGACUCGUCCAUCGUGGACCGAGACCUCAGGUCACGCUGAAACCUCUACAAACCGAGUUGGAGCUGUAUGUGGAAAAGACUCGGGCUAAACAGAAACAAAGGAUGGAGGCGUCUUGUUUGGAGCUGGCUUUAGAAGGCGAGCGUCUGUGCAAAGCCGGAGAUUUCAAAGGUGGCACGGCGUUCUUCGAGGCCGCGGUUCAGGUCGGAACGGACGACCUGAAGACCCUCAGUGCCAUUUACAGCCAGCUGGGAAACGCUUACUUUUACCUCAAGGAGUACGGCAAAGCUCUGGAGUAUCACGGACACGAUCUUACGCUCGCCAGGACAAUCGGGGACAGGAUCGGGGAAGCCAAGGCGAGCGGGAACCUGGGGAACACGCUGAAGGUCCUCGGACGCUACGACGAGGCGGUGGUGUGCUGCCAGAGACAUCUGGACAUCUCGCAAGAGCAAGGAGAUAAGGUUGGUGAGGCCCGGGCUCUGUACAACAUUGGGAAUGUUUUUCAUGCUAAAGGGAAGCAGCAGUUAUGGGGAUGUUCUCAGGACCCAGGAGACCUGCCGAGUGACGUGAGGGACACGUUACAGAGAGCCACAGCUUUCUACGAAAUGAACCUGUCUCUGGUGAAGGAGUUGGGUGACCGCGCUGCUCAAGGGAGGGCUUUCGGUAACCUUGGCAACACACAUUACCUGCUGGGUAACUUCAUCGAGGCCAUCAAGUUUCAUCGUGAGAGACUUUCCAUCGCUAAAGAGUUUGGAGACAAAGCAGCCGAGCGGCGAGCGUACAGUAACCUCGGCAACGCUCUCAUCUUCCUCGGCCAGUUCAACUCAGCAACAGAGUAUUACAGGAAAACCCUGCAGCUCUCUCGGCAGUUGAAGGACCAGGUGAUGGAGGCUCAGGCGUGUUACAGUUUGGGAAACACCUACACACUGUUGCAGCAGUAUGAGAGGGCCAUCGACUACCACCUCAAACACCUGCUCAUCGCUCAGGAGCUCAAUGACCGGGUGGGUGAAGGCCGUGCAUGCUGGAGUUUGGGAAACGCCUAUGUGUCUUUAGGAAACCAUCGUCAGGCUCUGCACUAUGCACACAAACACCUCGACAUCUCCAGAGAGAUUGGGGACAGGAAUGGGGAACUGACGGCUCGACUGAAUGUGGAGCAGCUGAUGGAGUUGCUGGAUGUGAAAGAGGGAGACCUCUCGCCAUGUGGCUCAGAGUUUGAGAUGCAGGGAGCCCGGCCGAAGUUUAAGAAGAGGAACAGUAUGGACAGUGUGGAUCUCUGGAAGUACUCAUCUGAAAAGAACGGAGACGGACACGAUGUGGACGCCGUGUCCCGGAAGUCAAAACAUCAGCUGUCUCAAUCCAGCAGGAGGAAAAAAUACACAGAGAGCCAGACAACUGAGGACAGCCAGUGGCUGGACUCACCUGUGGACACAGAUGACAUCACAGUACAGAAGCUGGGUCGCGACCCCUCAGAUGAGGACUGCUUCUUCGACCUGCUCAGUAAGUUCCAGAGCAGCCGCAUGGACGAUCAGCGCUGCCACCUCAGCGACGACGCUAACGGUCAGGACACACACAGCGAUGAUGCCGCAGACUCGGCCAUCAGCGACAUGAUCGACGCCAGCCUCCUGGCCUCUCCUCAGACGGAGGAGCUCUUUGAUCUGAUCGCCAGCUCUCAGAGCCGCAGGCUGGACGACCAGCGGGUCAGUGCGGGGAACCUGCCAGGUCUCAGGAUUACCCACAAUAACCUGGGGCACCUGCGCGCCGAAGCCGAGCCUCAGGAGCCCAGCGACGAUUUCUUCAACAUGCUCAUCAAGUGCCAGUCAUCCAGGAUAGAUGAUCAGCGGUGUUCUCCUCCUGAAGGUGGACCCCGCGCCCCCACCGUCCCAGACGAAGACUUCUUCAGCCUCAUCCAGAGGGUUCAGGCCAAACGCAUGGAUGAACAGCGUGUCCAGCUUCCCUCUGAGAACCACUCGGAUAACGAGAACGACGACGGAGACUCCAGCUAGAGCACAGAGAGAGAGAAAGAGAGAGAGAGAGAGAAAGAAAGAAAGGAUGAUGGAUGAGAAGGUCUCUGUCUGGACUAUCGUACACGGCAUCGUCUGUGUUUAUAUGUCCGAGUGACUCCGUGCACUGUAUUUCCUUCAGGGUGACGUUUUAAACGUUCUUCACUCUAUGUGUUCAUUAGACACCAGCCUCUAGUGUUGUACUGUUGUAGUGCGCACUCGCUAGCCGCUAAUCGACAUCCUGUGCGUCUUCGUCUGUUUAAAAGCGGUGUGACGUGACGCGUUAUCACCACGAGCCUAUCUGUGCGGUCGCCUGGCCGAGGCGUCGUUCCUCCUGCAGCCGUGACACGUGGCACCUUCAGUGUUACUCGUCUCUUUAUAGCAUUGUGUCGAUCAGACGAUGCAAGAUAACUCGAAACAAUUCACAACUGGUGCUUGUUCUGUCUUACGGUUUCUUUUUUAUUAGCAUGUUGUCGUAUAUUUAUUAUCACGUCGGUGGAGAAAAAGACUGACAUAGCAACGACUGUGAAAAAGUGUACAUUUGUUAAAUUAAUUAGCGUAGAUAAGGUCACGUGAAUGAUACGUCGAAAAGUUCUAAACUUUCGAAAGAGAAAGCAACAGGCUGUGGUGGGUUUAUCUCUCGGGAUGAUGACGAUGAUGACGAUGAUGACGAUGAUGACGAUGAUGACGCUUUUUACUUGCGCUAGAGCUAAAUUAGCCGUACUGUAUCUGACUGGUCGCUUUUCUCGCACACGUAUCCUGACUAUUGGAAAAAAAAAACAACCAUGGAUCUGUGGGCGGAGCUACCAGGACUACAGAUGCAGAGAUUCUUUCUCUUUUCAAAUCUUUUUUCUUCACAGCUUUGGGAGGCAACGUCAUGAUUUUAUUAAUAAGUUAAAUAAUUUAAAUUAGUUACUUUUUUUUUUUUUUUUUUU